UAAAGCCCCCUGCAUCCCCAGCAAAGGGCAAGCUCCUGCAUCCGACGAGGAGCCGGAAAGAGCAAAAAGAUGGGCAUCAUCAGCUGUGUCUCCGUCCUCCUCUGCUCCAUCCUCCUGUGUGAGGGCAAGAUCUCAGAAUACCAGCUGGAGUCGGAGACUCUCAGUCGGUGUGAGCUGUUGAGGGUGGAUGGGGCAGCCCAGCAGAGAGAGCACGUGCCCCAGUGCUCUGAGGGUGGCCGGUUCAGGCAUGUGCAGUGUACCCGUGACAGCAGCGAAUGCUGGUGUGUCGAUGCUGAAGGAUCUGAGAUCGCAGGGAGCAGACAGAAUGGAUCAGCUGUGCACUGUCUGUCCUCAUGCCAGCUCCAGAGGCAGCGGGCCCUGCUGAGUGGAGAUGCCCCAUCUGUGCCCCUGUGCCUAGAGUCUGGGGAGUACCAGCCCAUUCAGUGCCAACGCAACCUGGGUCAGUGCUGGUGCGUGGAUCAAGAGGGCAUGGAGAUCUAUGGGACACGGCAGAAUGGAAAGCCUUCUCGCUGUCCAGGUAGCUGUGAGAUCAGAGAGCGCCGCCUGCUCCACGGGGUUGGGGAGAGCUCCCCCCCUCAGUGCUCGGCCGAUGGAAACUUCCUCCCUGUGCAGUGCAAGUUUGUGAACACCACGGACAUGACAGUCGUGGACCUUCUUCACACCUUCAACAGGAUGCAGAGAGCCUUUCAGACAUUCAGCGGCUUCAGAGAAGCAUUCCCGGAGGUUUCCAGUUACUGUUUCUGUGCUGACAGCCGAGGCAGAGAGCUGGCCAACACAGGCGUGGAGCUGCUGCUGGACGAGGUGUACGACACGGCGUUCUCAGGAAUGGACCCCGGACGCUCCUUCUCCCAGUCCAACAUGUACCGCAUCCUGCAGAGAAGAUACCUGGGGAUACAGCUGGCCAUGGGCGGCAGGUUUAGAUGUCCCACUAAAUGUGAGAGCGAGAGGUCAUCCAGCGCUGAGGCGGGGAACGUGUUUGUGCCCUCCUGUGAUGCGAGCGGAAGCUACGCGCCUGUGCAGUGCCAGGCUGGCGGGCAGUGCUGGUGUGUGGACUCUGAUGGCAGAGAGAUCUAUGGGACACGGUUGCAUGGAGGAAAACCCAUCUGCAGUAGUGGAGUGACAGACUGCCCUUCAGAGAGACGGCAGGCCCUCUCACGGCUGUUCUACGGCCUGUCUGGGCCCUUUGUUUCCCGAAACUUGUUCUCACAGAGGGACAGCAACCCCUCACCCCUCAGCCCCUGCAGCCCCGAGGUGCAGGAGCUGUUGGCAAAGUCGGGUCUGCUCGUGUCAGUGUCCGAGUCAGGGCGGUCUGACCUGGGCGAGGUCCUGGCUGAGGUAAUUCAAGGCAUGUUCCCCACUGGGUCCAUGGCCCUCAAAGCCCUGUCCCUCACCACCAAUCCCAAGAGGCUGCAGGAGAACCUUUUUGGAGGGAAGUUCCUGAAGAAUGCCGGCAAUUUCAACUUCAGUACAGCCGUUGGGGCCAGGGGCACAUUUAGCUUCGGCAGAGCCUUCAGCCAGGUGGGGCUCAGGCAGGUUAGCGCUGACUUGGCCCAGCUGGCUAAGGUCUUCUCCCCUGAAGCCAGCUCUGUGUUCGAGGCUCCGACCCUGGACCGGGAGAUCUCUGAUCCCUUGGGCCGGCUCGUGAACCUGAAGAAGAACAGAGAUUUGGUGAAACUGGUGGGGUCCACUCUGGAGAGCGAGCAGUUCUUGGCCACCCUUCGGAAUGUCAUCACCGUGAUGAAGGCGGAGGACAGUGUGGACCUGGGUGGUGUGUUUCGGGCUGUGUUCCAGAGCUCCCAGCCAGGCGCUUGUCAGAGAGACUCUGCUGCUCUGUACGUCCCCCAGUGCACAGAGACCGGGCAGUACCAACAGGUCCAGUGUCAGGGUACAGAGUGCUGGUGCGUGGACUCCCGUGGGGUGGAGGUCCUGGGUUCCCGCUCAAAGGGGCGGAGACCCAGGUGUCUGUCGCAGUGUGAGAGCGAACGGGAGAUGGCUGUGAAAGUGAGGGCGGGUCUGUCGGCGGGGUCACAGGUCUUUAUCCCCAAGUGUGAGGAGGACGGCAGCUUCGCACCUCUGCAGUGCUCUGGGAAGGACUGCUUCUGUAUGGACCGGGAGGGAGGCAGACAUGAUGCCACUAUGGGACCUGGGGGUCUGCAAUGUCCGACUGACUGCCAGGUGUCAGCUGCAGGGCGGUUCUUGAGUGAGGUCCGGUCGGUGCUGUCAGACCCAGCUGCGAUGGCCCAGCUCUCCGACGUGUACGUCCCCCAGUGUGACCCAGCCGGGGCGUGGCGGCAGAUCCAGUGCAAUGGGCCCCCAGAACAGGCCUUCCAGUUCUACAGGGACUGGGUUCGACUCAACAAUGCCGGGCAGGACCUGCCUGUCUCUGAGGUCAUCAGCAUCCUCAGAGGGUACGGCAAGCGACCCGAGGUCCUGGCAUCGUUUGGGGGGUUCGUGAAGCUGCUGUUUGAUGCAGGACAUCAGAGCGUCUUCCCCGUCCUCUCCCAGUACGAGACUUUUGACAGUGUUCCAGCAGAGGUGCUGGCCGGGGACAGCGAUGCUGUUUUUGGCCCCACUGUGUUCCUGAACCCCCUGUCCCUGUGGAGACUGCUCCAGGGGAACGUCACGCAAUACCCGGGACAGGCCUCCGACUUCAGUGUCCCCCUGGGGCACUUCCACCUCCGUCAGUGCUGGUGCGUGGGCGCCCGUGGGGACAUGAUCGCUAACACCAAGGCUGCUGUCAACCAGAUCCCAAAAUGUCCUGGCUCCUGUUCUCUCGUGGAACGCCAGAUCUCCCAGUUUCGCCAGGAUACGGAGGCAAUCAUCUCCCUCUCCAACAGCUCCAAUGUGCCUUUGGGCUAUGGCUUUCUACUGGCAAUGGGCCUCAGUCUAACCCCCCAGGAGCUCCAGCAUAGCCCCCCUGUGGAAUCUAUCAUCUCCGACACCCUGCUCAUUGACUCUUAUGCUGCCCUUCGCCUGGCUGCCCACUCCACGCUUCAGUUCUACUGGCAGAGUCAUAUCAGCAGGUCUGACAGUGACAGAGAGGCCCUGCUUCUUGGGUACCAGCCCUACACCCCACAGUGUGACUCCAACGGCCUGUGGCUACCUACACAAUGCUACCCAAGCACAGGUCAUUGCUGGUGUGUCGAUGGAGAAGGAAGGUAUAUCCCUGAAUCUCUGACCAGUCGCUCUAUGGAGCUUCCACAGUGCGGGACCCCAUGCCAGCGAGCUCACACGCAGGCUCUGCUUUCUGAUUGGAUGCCAUCUGUCUCCGAGCCGUCAGAUUCUUUUUAUAAUCCCACUUGUGAAGAGAGUGGAGAGUUUUCUGUGCUGCAGAGGGAGCGUGCAGACAGUGGCUUUGGCUGGUGUGUCAGUCCUCUCUCUGGGAAGGCUAUCCAGCCUGCUGUUUUGUCUCAGACAGGAGACAUCCAAUGCCCCAGCUGGUGCCAGAUGCUGAAGGAGCAGGUGACUGGAAGGAAAGCUGGCACUGGUUAUGAGCCAGAAUGCAAGGCAGAUGGGCAAGGCUUCUCUCCAAUGCAGUGUGACCAUGGAGACUGCUGGUGUGUCUCUCCAAAUGGCCAGGAGCUUCCUGGGACCAGAACCCCUCGCAAUGCUGGGCAGACUCCUGCCUGUGACAGUCCCCAGUGUCCCCUUCCCUUCAGUGAACUCCUUGUUGCCCACGGUGCCCUUCUGUGCAGUAACAUCAUGGAGGACGGCCAGCAGAGACAGCGUUGCCAGCUCGUGUGUCACCAGGGCUAUGAAAGCGCACUUUCUGUUGACAACUUCCUGUGUGAUUUAGUGACCGGAAACUGGGUGUCAGAUGCCCCACUUCCUCAUGCCUGCCAGAGACUCCAGGUUUUGCAGUCAGUCCAGGCCAGCUCUCAGCUCCAGCUGUCUGUGUCCCAGAGGCAGCAGUCAUGUAGCUCCAUUCGCACUGGUCUGCAGCUCUCCCUCCUUCAAGACAUGAGGAGUCGGGGACUCUGUAGUCUGCAGGUGACAUCCCCCACAGGAGAGCUCAGCUUUAUGUCAGCCUGCGAUGACUCCUCUGUUUUGCUGGAGUGUGACACUGAGGAGACACUCAGGGCCACGCUUGCAUGGAGGGCACGCCUCUCAGAUGUCUCAGUACAGGCUCUACCAGAUCUACACGAUAUCGAUGUGGCAUUUACUGCUGGGAAACUAUUGGAGGGAGCCGUUGACCUAAUACGAAGUGGCAGCUACCAGUCCACCGUUUCAGUAGAUGGCCCUGUGGACCCAGUCCUGACCGUGACCUUUGGGUGUGCUCCAGGUUACAGACGUGUCCCAGGAAACACUGGAUGUGUGGCAUGCCCUGCAGGGACCUUCUUCACCAAUGGAGGCUGCUCCCUGUGCCCUGAAGGGUCUUAUCAGGAUCAGAAAGGCCAGGACUUCUGUGACAGGUGUCCCCGCGGCACGUCCACCGCCUCCCCAGGGGCGUUCAGAGCCACACAUUGUGCCAGUGAAUGCCAGAGGAGUGGACAGGGCUGCACAGACAGCGGGGCAUUCCAGGCUGCCCAGCUGGACGUCCAAAUGGGGAAGUGGCUGUGCAUGAGCUCGGAGGGGAAGCGUCUGCUCUGGACCUCCUCAGUGGAGCCCCUGUCUGAGCCUGAGUGUCGAGUGAUGGAGAAAUUUGAGGAUGUGCCCAGGUCUCAGUGGCGAAGUGACGAUGCCAUCCUUCUUGGCUCCAGGGUCUCAGAGGAUGCCCUGGAAAGUCAGCUCAGAAAGUGCAUCUCUGACUGUGCUGCCAAUGACUCCUGCCAUCACCUGGCCCUGUUCACUGAUGGAGGGCGAAAACAUUGUGACCUCUACAGCACAGAUGGAGCGAACAUCGAAUGCAAGGCUUCUGAAAAAACCAAAGGAUUUUUGGGAAAUCCAGGUGCUGAUAUGUACCAGAGUCUCAGCUGUUUGCUAAAAGUGAAAGGAGACAGACCAGACCUUGUGGUGUUGAGAAAGAAAGGUUACGAGUUCACCACUUCUUCUUUGAAGACCUUUGAGAGGCUGAAGUUCCGCAAGGCGAGCUCAGGGGUGUACCGCACUGCGGUAUUCCAGGCUCAGGGGGCCUCCUUGACGGAUGUCCAUCGCUUCUGCCAGGACACAUGCAGCCAGGAGAGCUGCUGUGAUGGCUUCAUCCUCAAUCAAAACAUCCUCAAUGGAGGCACCGUCCUAUGUGGCCUCCUGAGCUUCCCAGACCUGCUCCUCUGCAGUGAUGAGGACUGGGACGUCUCUGGGACCUCAAAGUCGAACCGCAUCUGUGGAGCAGGGGUUCAGUACAACAAACAGAGGAAGCAGUUCACCUUCAGCUUCGGGGGCCAGAACUUCACUAUCACUGAUGCAGCCUUGCCACCAACUAGCAAAAACAAAACUGAUUACCAGGCAACAAUCAUUGGUUUCCAACGAAUUUAUCUUUGGAGAGGUUCUGACAUGACGACUCGUCAGAAGUCAUCCCCAGAAUGUCCCAGUGUUUCUGCGCAGCCGGACCAGAGUGUUCUCAUCUCAGAUGCAGUGAAAGAGGGAUUCAUGGCAUUGGACAACACAGACAUCCGUGUCAACCCAAGCCAGGCUGUCCCAAGUCAGCAGUACUGGAUCUUCAAGCACCAGUUCUCUGCAGAGGAUGCCCAACGGUGGUGCCUAAAACGUUGUGAGGAGGAGGGCCUGUGUCACGUAGCAGAUAUUCGGGAUGACAGCCCUACCUACUUCACCUGUGCCCUGUAUCCCGACACCCAGGUGUGUGGGGCCUAUGACACCCCCCUGAGACAGCCCUGCAGCCUCGUACUGCCCCAGCCUCCCCACAAGGCCCACAGCAAGAAAGUCAACCUGUUAGGAAGUGUGGAGAGCUUCUACAGCCGUGUGCCUUUUAAAAAGAUGGUGUCCUACUCGGUGCGGAGCCGGGUCAGCCUGGGAGCAAAACCCAUCACCGAGGGGUUUUUUGAAUGUGAACGGCGUUGUGAUGAAGACCCUUGUUGUCGAGGGAUUGGCUAUGUCAGAGACUCACAGUCUGGUGCGGAUGCUCUCUGCCUGACUCUGAACAGCUUCGGGAUCCAGACUUGUGGUGAGGAGGACCAGACUGCCUGGCGGGCCAUGGACUGCACGCCGUCCAAAGUGGUAACGGGGGUGUUUCCAUUUGGCUGGUAUGAAAAACCAGUUAAUCAGUGGACUAGUAGUCCUGACCUGUGUCCUCCAUUCAGUCUCCCUACAGCUACUCUGAAUGUAACACUGAGUGACUGGGCACUGGUGGACACGUUCUCCACCCUGGUGGAUCCAUCAGUUUCUACAUUUGAUGUCAUUCACAUCAGCAAUGACAUCGCAGAAGACUUUGACAGAGCCAGAGACUGGUGUCUGUCCGCCUGUGAGAGGACAGACUCUUGCUCUGUGGUGACUGUGGAGAGGCGGGAGUCUGCUGUGCACUGUGUGCUGUACCCUGACACCCACGCCUGCAUGCCCUCUGCAGAGGGACAGAGCUGUCGCCUCUUAAUCAGAGAGUCUGCCUCUCACGUGUACCUCAGGAAAGGUCUGAAGUCAGAGCUCAAGUCCGUGCUCAUCCCAGGUCAUGGAACCCUUGUGGGUGAAUCCAAGGUAACUGUGGUUGGCUCAGAAAGGAAGAGAGUGAGCCACUUCCUGGGUGUACCAUAUGCUCUUCCUCCAAUAAGAAACCUGCGUUUCAGUCCACCACAAGCUGCUGAGUGGAGUGGGACGUGGAACGCAACCUUCCCCAGGUCCAGCUGCCUGCAACCAGGAGAUGGAGAUUCCUCUUCAUCCAGUGAAGACUGUCUGUACCUGAAUGUUUUUGUCCCCAGCAGCAAUAGAGGAAACAGCCCUGUCCUCGUGUUCUUCUACAACCCCACAAGACCUGCCAGGGCUGACGAUCCUGCGCUAUUGGACGGUUCCUACCUCGCUGCAGCCAGCAACAUCAUCGUGGUUACAGUGCACUUCAGAUCAGCAGUGUUUGGAUUCCUCAGCACAGCCUCUGCAGCUUCUCCAGGGAAUGCAGGCCUGCAGGACCAAGUGGCUGCUCUGAAGUGGGUCCAGCAGAACAUUGCUCAUUUCGGGGGCGACCCAAGCAGGGUGACCUUGGGUGCGGAGCGCAGUGGGGCAGACGUUGCCAGCCUGCACCUCAUCUCCGCUGGGGCAGCCGGCCUCUUUCACCGAGCUCUGCUCAUGGGGGGGUCAGCCUUCUCUCCAGCAGCGGUCAUUGGCAGCUCAAGGGCCCGUGAGCUGACCAGCUCUCUUGUCCGUGAGGUGGGCUGUUCCUCGCCCGACCCUGCCCAGGUGGUGUCUUGCCUUAGAGAAAUACCAGCCCCUGUCUUAAACUCUGCCCAGACCAAGCUGCUGGCUGUCAGUGGUCCCCUGCGGGCAUGGGCCCCAGUGGUUGAUGGGAUAUCUGUGAGGGAAAAGCCCUCCCUGGCCCUCCAGAGGACACGCUUCUGCAAUGUAGACAUAAUGUUGGGCUCUUCAGCUGAGGAUGGGCUGAUCAGCCGAGCCAAGAACAUCAAGAAAUUUGAGGAGCUGCAGGGAAGAGCAAAUGGCAAAACGGCCUUCUACGAAGCUCUGUCCAAUUCUCUGGGAGGUGACAGCGCCAAUGCCUUUGUGAAAGAGGCCGCAACAUGGUUCUACUCCAUGCAGCACUCUCCCACACCCGCUGGCUACAAUGUCUUCUCACGGGCUUUGGAGAAUGCCACAAGGGAUUUCUUCAUCAUUUGUCCUGCGGUCCAGAUGGCUCGGUUCUGUGCAGCCCAAUCAAGGUCCAAUGUCUUCAUGUACCAUUUGCCAGAGAAGAUGGCCCAGACCAGUGCCGAUUUGUCCAUGCCUCUGGACCUCCAGUUUGUGUUUGGAGUCCCUCAUCACUCCAGGACACACAGUCUUUUCACCAGCAGGGAGCGAAGGCUGGCUCAACAGAUGAUGGCCUAUGUGGCCAAUUUCGUCAAGUCUGGAAACCCAAACUACCUACACUUCUUCUCCCAAGCAUCAUUCAGUGAAUCACUACCUCCCUGGCCUCGCUUCCUGCCCAGUCCUGAGGGGGACAAUUAUAAGGAGGUGGACAUGCCCCUUAGCAACCACAAGGGCCUAAGGAGGGCGGAGUGCUCGUUUUGGGCCGACUAUGUUCCACAGCUGACAGCUUCCACAGCCAAACUCUCACCUGCCCUUUCAGAGGAAGAAACGAACAGCUUUGGAACCCCCACACAAGAAACAAAAUUGUUCAACGUUUUCCGUACUUCAGUGACCCAGAGCAAGCCAAAGUCUGAAAAGGAUGCUUAUAAUUAAAGCCCUGCACUAACAUAGAUAUAACAUAGACAAAUAUACACCUGACUAUGCUGUUACAUAAUUUGUAUUAAUAGAACCUAAUCACAUUUCACUGAAGCUGUCUGUGCAAAUCAAACAAUAAAUUGCAUUCUAAAAAGA